AUGGCCGGCGGCCGGCGCGUGACCUGGGGCGACCUGGACGUCCACUACUUCGACUACGGGCUCGGCGACUCGCCGGCCGUGAGCUGCGGCGUCGCCGUGCGGCUCGGCGCGGCGCUGGCCGCGCGGCCGGAGAAGGCGCGCCUGCGCGACGCGGAGCGCCACAGCCCGCCGAGGUGGCUCGAGCCGGCCACGCGGCGGGCCCUGCUGCGCGAGGCGGGCUUCUCGGAGGGGGACAUCGAGGCCGCGCGGAAGCGCAUCGUCGAGGACCAGCGGCGGCGCAUCCAGUCGCUGCCCCCGCUCCACUACCUGGAGCAGCUGCCCUGGUUCGUGGCGCGGAGCGUGCGGCGCAAGAUCCGGAAGCGGUUCCAGGCCUUCCGGGACAAGCGCCGCGCGGCCCGGCCGCCCGGCGCGCCCGCGCCGCCCGCGCCGCCGGCGGGCCUGGGCUCGCCCGGCGCGCAGGAGGCCGUCGCGGCGGCGCCCGACGUCGUGCCGGCGCGGCCCGGGUCGGGUCACGAGGUCCGCACGCUGUCGCGGCGCCUGGGCCUCACGGGCCGCGGCUCGUCGUCGACGGGCAACCUGCUGGCGCUCGCCGCCGCCGAGGAGGCCGCCGCCGGGGCGGGGCCGCGCGUCUCCUUCGACGACAAGGCCGACGGCGGCCGCGCGCGCGGCUCGUACCGCGGCGACCUCGACGACUCGGCGCGCUGGCGGCGCUCGCGCGCCUCGCCGCCGCCGGCCGACGCCGCGGGCCUCGACGACUCGCUCCACUCGCUCGGCCUCGACGGCUCGGGCCACUCGUCGGGCUCGGGCCACUCCUUCGGCCUGGACCACUCGGGCCACUCGCUCGGGCUGAGCGGGCUCGCCCCCGACGCCAUGGACGCCUCCAUCCACGCGCCGCGCCACUUCCUCUUCGCCGACCUCGCUGCAGGCGGCGAAGCGGACGACGAGCCGCCCUCCAUCUAACGUAUGUGCCCCCGCCCGCCCCCCGCUCCGAAGCGUCCAUCCGUGUCCUCGUAAUGAUAGUUCUAGCUG